AUGCCAACGUUAACAUCAAUAACUUUCUCAAAAGGAUCUAAACUCUCUUCACUAGAAUUUAAUGCAUUUAUAUGGGAUAAUUUAAUAGAAUUUACAAUUCCUGAAAGUAUUUCUACGCUUUCAGGUGUUGCAUUCUGUUCUAACACAAAUAUGCAAAACAUUCAUGUUGAUCCAAUGAAUCAGUAUUUAUGGGAUGAUACUAAAGCAGUUUAUAAUAAAGAUAAAACCAUCAUUUAUUAUUGUGCUUCUGCAUGCGGCGAAAGUUACACAAUUCUUGAUACGGUUACAAUGAUAAACCAAGGUUGUUUCAUUCAUUCAAAUCUAAAAAAUAUUAUCAUUCCUCCAUCUGUAACUAGUAUCGGUUCUUAUGCUUUCUAUUAUUGUAGGAAGCUUAAACAAAUAAAUCUUCCUCCAAAUAUUACCGUUUUACGAAAAUUAGCAUUUCAUGGAAGUGGUUUGACUUCAAUCGAAAUUCCCAAUAAAGUAACAAUACUUGAAGUAGGAGUAUUUCAGAACUGUAAUAAUUUAAUUAAUAUUGUUCUUCCUGAAAAUAUAUCUGAUAUAGGAGGGAAUGCACUUCCUAGUAUUCCUAAUCUUAAUUUAACUUUAUCAAGUAAAUCAUUGUAUAUAGAUAAACAAUUAAUAAUAUAUGCAAAUAACAAUAAAACAAUUUCACAGUUCUUAGGCCAAGAUUAUGAUAUUGUGAUACCAUAUGCAGUAACCAGAAUUAGGAUGCAGGCAUUUCUCAACAAAAUUAAGAUUAGUUCAGUGACAUUCGAUGGAGAUUCACAACUACAGUAUAUUGAAUAUGGUGCUUUCAGUGGAUGCACGAAUUUAUCUAAAUUUUCAUUUGGAAAUCAUAUUAUCGAGAUAGGAACGAGUGCUUUUGAAAACGCAAUUCUCAAUUCAGAAAUAGCUUUCCCUGCAACUUUGACAAAAAUUUCGAAUACAGCGUUCAAGAAUUGUAAAAAGAUUCCAUCUAUAUCUUUCUCUUCUUCAUCUAGUUUACAGAUUCUUGAUAGUGCAUUUGAGAAUUGUAUAUCUAUCACAUCUAUCAUAUUCAUUACAAAUACAGAAACUACAUUAGGUUCAUCAUGUUUCAGCAACUUGAAAUUGUUCAAGACAUCAGAGUAG